AUGAAAGCGCUAAAUGCAUUAACAUAUGCGAAUGAUGUAUUUGCAUUUUGUUACGCUUGUUCGGCGGGAGUUAGACCGUCACGAUUACGGUUAUCGUUUGACGUCAUUACCGUAAAACAACAGUAUGAAUGUAUGUACGUAAAAAUGGAUGAUUCAAACGUCUACAGGCAAUACUUAAUUAAGAGAUACUGGGAACGGAAAAAUGAAAACGAACUGAGAAGAAUCAUUCCAUACGAAGAUUAUUAUAUAAAUUUAGAGGAACCUCCAUACACAGAUUCAAAUGAAUCCAAAACACAUGUCAAUGAAUCUGCGGUUGAAAGAUUUGUCGACAGAAUUUUGACAAACCAGACAAUAUCUCUUGCAGAUGGAAAGGACUAUUACGACGACUUUGAAUCCAGCCCACUGGGAAAUGAAGAAAGUAAGAUACCACGCAUGUAUAAAACACAAUCAAACUCAUUCUCGGAUUACCGCUUACCGAAAAGACGAACCGGAAAUAAAAAUGCCCGGCGUUCACGAUGCCGAAAACCUUCGGACGAUGACGAGCGAUUUAUGGACCUUCCUGAAGGCAGUGAGGUUUCAUAUAUAGACAGUGUACCUAUGGUGACGCUUUCAAUCGAAAUGCUCAGAAGGUACAUGUACGUAGAGGUAGAGGCAAGAGUUCGUUACAUCAAUGAAUAUUAUGCCAAGCAGUGGGACGAUGUCAACAAAGAGAAAAUGGCUUGUUAUGCUGAAAUGAUUUUAAUAAAAGAAAAGAAUGAGAUACUCAAUUCCGAAUUGAGAGAAAUGGAAAAUAUGCUGUCAAAAUACAAACAGAUAUGUGGACAGCUUGAGGAUAAGGUUGAAGUUUCAAAAGAGGCCAGACGUAGACGAAGACAAGCCAGGAAACAACGGAAAUCCGAUAAGCCAUUCGUAUCACAUUCUGAUACCGUCUCCUGUAUUCAUAAAUAUGAAAACGAACAAACUACCGAGACAGAGACGCUAAAAGACAGCAGACAUGAAACCGGAAACGAGGCCAAAGGUGAUGAAAACCUAAUUAAAACCCUGCAUUUGGGAACAGCUGACAUUGAAAACUGCGCAGAUGAUGAAGAACAAAUUGAAAAGGAGGUUGAAAACGAGUCAGCAAAAUAAGUUGACUCUCCAGGGAAACAUCAUGGUGAAAACCAGACAGUCAGUUAAUAUGAAAAAAAAAUCAAAGAAACAAUGAAUUUUGACAGACAAUACUAAAAUGUCAGAAAAAUAAAAUCAGAUAAAAAAGAUAAAAGAAAAGCAGUGCGAUGGAAACCUGGACGCUGAUCAGAUCGUCUGUGAAUGAUCAAACACAUUCUCUUGAGCAUAAUCAAAUAAAUAUCUUCUGCCUAAA